GUGCUGACUUGAGGGGGCCGCCUGGAGGAGGACCUGGCAUAGGCCAGACCCAGAGCUGACCCGGAGCCAGGGCCCUGGGCCUGGGAGUCCCUUGGACAGGGUCAAAGCCAUGGCCCCGCCAUUACCACAACUGGCCGCCAGCACCCCACUCCUGCACGGGGAGUUCGGCUCCUACCCGGCCCGUGGCCCCCGCUUCGCCCUCACGCUCACGCCGCAGGCCCUGUACAUCCAGCGACUGCGUCCCAAGCCUGAAGCCCGGCCCCGGGGCGGCCUGGUCCCGCUGGCCGAGGUCUCAGGCUGCUGCACCCUACGCAGCCGCAGCCCACUGGACUCUGCAGCCUACUUCUGCGUCUACACCUACCCGCAGGGCCGGCGCGGGGCCCGGCGCAGAGCCACGCGCACCUUCCGGGCCGACGGGGCAGCCACCUACGAGGAGAACCGCACCGAGGCCCAUCGCUGGGCGGUCACGCUCACAUGCCUGCUCCGUGGGCUGCCACUGCCUGGGGAUGGCGAUAUCACCCCUGACCUGCUGCCCCGUCCGCCCCGUUUGCUUUUAUUGGUCAACCCCUUUGGGGGGCGGGGCCUGGCCUGGCAGUGGUGUAAGAACCACGUGUUGCCUAUGAUCUCAGAAGCUGGGCUGUCCUUCAACCUCAUGCAGACAGAGCGGCCAAACCACGCCCGGGAGCUGGUCCAGGCGCUGAGCCUGAGCGAGUGGGACGGCAUCAUCACGGUCUCGGGAGACGGGCUGCUCUAUGAGGUGCUGAACGGGCUCCUCGAUCGCCCCGACUGGGAGGAGGCAGUGAGGAUGCCCGUGGGCAUCCUCCCCUGCGGCUCGGGCAACGCGCUGGCGGGCGCCGUGAACCUGCACGGGGGGUUUGCACCAGCCCUGGGCCUCGACCUUCUGCUUAACUGCUCGCUGCUGCUCUGCCGGGGUGGCAGCCACCCACUGGACCUGCUCUCUGUGACGCUGGCUUCCGGCUCCCGCUGUUUCUCCUUCCUGUCCGUGGCCUGGGGCUUCGUGUCCGACGUGGACAUCCAGAGUGAGCGCUUCAGGGCCCUGGGCAGCGCCCGCUUCACUCUGGGCACAGUGCUGGGCCUCGCCACGCUGCACACCUACCGAGGGCGGCUCUCCUACCUCCCGGCCACCGGGGAACCCGCCUCGCCCCCGCCCGCCCACGGCCUGCCCCGGGCCAAGUCGGAGCUGACCCUGGCCCCAGAGCCAGCCCCGCCCGUGACCCACUCGCCUCUGCACCGCUCAGUGUCCGACCUGCCCCUGCCCCUCCCCCAGCCCACCCUGGCCUCCCCUGGUUCACCCGAACCUCUGCCCUUUCUGUCACUCAACGGCGGCGGCCCAGAGUUGGCCGGGGAUUGGGGUGGGGCUGGAGAUGCCCCGCUGUCCCCAGACCCACUGCUGCCCCCGCUCCCCAGCUCCCCGCAAGCAGCCGUCCCCUCUCCCCUCCCCACGGGGCCCCCAGAGAGGCCAGCACACUGUGGGCUCCCGCCUUCUCCCGGUGACAUCCCGGCCUCUGCCUCCACCUGUGGCCCACCUGACCACCUGCUGCCUCCUCUGGGUGCCCCGCUGCCCCCGGGCUGGGUGACCAUGGAGGAAGACUUUGUGCUCAUGUUGGCUCUUUCACCCAGCCACCUGGGUGCUGACCUGGUGGCAGUCCCUCAUGCUCGCUUUGACGACGGCCUGGUGCACCUGUGCUGGGUGCGGGGCGGCAUCUCGAGGGCCACCCUGUUGCGCCUUUUCUUGGCUAUGGAGCAUGGUACCCACUUCGGCCUGGGGUGUCCCCAGCUGGGCUAUGCCACAGCCCAUGCUUUCCGCCUUGAGCCGCUCACGCCUCGCGGCGUGCUCACGGUGGAUGGCGAGCAGGUAGAGUACGGCCCGAUGCAGGCACAGGUGCACCCGGGCCUUGGUACGCUCCUCACUGGGCCGCCUGGCCGGGUGCCCUGA